AAGGAUAAUUUUUUUUUCAAAGUUAAAAGGAUAAACUCAUUUUUAAUGAAGGGUUACAACACGCUGUCUCUUUAGGGAACAUUGAAGUUUCUUCAAAGUCCAACAGUGCAUAUACACCAACUAGAUGCUACGAUUCAGAAGAUGAGACUAUGGGACGAAGGAAGACAAGGCCACAAUCGGCUGCAUAUUUUCCCAGAGGAUCAGUAUAUUCUAAGAGCGAUAUAAAAGAUCAGUAUUGUUUAACGGAAAAACAAUUACAAAAUUCAUUAGAACGACCAAGACGUGAAAGAUUUUUUGGAUGUUUAUCGGGUCGAAGCAGUAGUAUACAACCGUCCUUUCUUGGUGUUUGUGUUGGUAGAAGAGCACCAUCUGAUGAAAAUUUACAAGAUUAUGCACCAUUUUAUAGAUAUCCUAGAUAUCAUCGACACAAACCUUAUGAUGACGAUAUUGAUAGUUCCUAUGUAAGACGACGUCCACCAACAGUAUGUAAAAAGGCCUUAGAAGAAUCAAAACGUUAUCAAAAUUUAAAAGGAUUCGAAGAUGAUGAUUAUAGUCAAUUAGAUGGACAAAGAUCAAAUUGUCCAUCUGAUUAUGAAGACUAUGGUAGAGCUGGACCUUUUGUUGUUGGUAGCGGUGGUAGCGUUAUUGGUGUAGGAAAUGCUGGAGUAAUGGGAGCUACUGGUGGAACAGAUGCUAGCAAUACUAUCGAUGGGGCAUAUUUAAAUCAAAGUAACGAACAAAUACCAGGAUCAAAACAUGUUAGUUUCGCUCGUUCGCACACUUUAACAUCAUUUGAUGAAGCAGCUGCUUUAGGUUUAAGAUCAUCUGGUCGUAGUUUAAAAAGUGCAAGAAGUCAAGAACGUUUAAUUGGUGGUAAAAAACAAAUAAUGACUAUAAGUAAUAUACAACAACAACAGAUGGCAGCAGCUGCACAACAACAUCAACAACAGCAGCAACAACAACAGCAACAAACAUUAAAUCAACAAAUUCAAUUAGGUCAUAUACAUACAAUGCAACCACAAUCACAACAGCAACAACAAUUACAAAUUCAAACACAACAACCACAAGGACCACAAAUAUUAGCAUUUCAUCAUCAUCAUCAUCCAACAUUAAUAGCAACACCACAUCAUCCACAUCCAUUAUCCCAGCAUCCAUCAUUAACUGGUAUAUCAACGGCUGCAGCACCUACUGGUGGUAUAUUAGGUUUCUUAGUACAACCAGCACAUCCAACAUUACAACAACAACAGCAGCAGCAACAACAGCAACAUCAUCAUUUGCAACAACAACAGCAGCAACAUCAUCAACAACAACAACAUCAUCAACAGCAACAACAACAGCAACAGCAGCAGCAACAACAACAACAACAGCAACAUCAACAACAUUUACAACAAUUACAUGGAAUCGGUUAUCAAUUACAUCAACAUCAAUCAUCAUUAUCACCAGAAGUAGUUCUAGUCGAAAAAAUUAAACGUGGUGCUAUGAAAACACAAGCUACACAAACAGAUACAAGUUUAAAAAAAGGUUCUUUACCACCAUUAAAUUUAUCAUUAAGUCCACGUACUGUUCAUAGGGUAAGGUCACAAAUUCAAAUUCCAAGUAUUUAA